CUGCCCGCCUCCCCUCAGUUCCCGAAUCCUCGUCGACUCUACAAUAUCCCCGAUUCUCCCCUCACGGCCUGUGCUGUCUUUUGUAAUUGCAAUUACUGUUUCUCCCCCAACAUCUCUCACCAGCAUGCUCCGUCUUCAGCGUUCCUAGGUAACCGCACCGUGACCGUGAGGCGACCGGGGAUCACGAGUACGCACAGGCUGGUGUUCAUCUCAGGCUCAGGGGCCCCACUUGCAUCGCCUAUAGCUACCAGGCAGUGCCAGGUACCGGAAAUGACCUUCACAUCUCUGGUUUUGCUCGCGACCGAGCCCCCAGAUCACUACAAACACCAAUCUCCCACGAUCCUGCUGCCCUACUCAGUGAAUAGGCCCGACUCCAAAUCAAUUCUUUGUACCAUCGAAGAACUCCACUCGUUUCCACAGCACGAAUAUGUCACUUCGUUGAUCAACAGUGCGCACGCACAUUUCGACCUCAAGACCCAGCCACUUUCUCUAUUCUCCCCCGAAGCAGCCCUCUCCACGCCAGAUUCACUAGGUGCCAGAGCACGUGUACGACAGCUGGUAGCGCCCAUGCAUGUGUCCAAGAUGUCCAGCAUGCCUUACGAGGCUGGUUCAGCCUCGCCUCCGGAUCUCACAACCUCCAAAAGUUCAAGAGCUAGCAGCAUCGUCUCCUCGAACCUGUCCGACAUUGCCGGCCCAACCGACAUCUCACACUUUGAGGAUAUUGGCCUGGACGAUACCCAUCAUGGCUCGAGCUCUGUGCUACAUAAUGGGGGCAUGUCGAACGAGAUGCUCUAUCCAGGCAUCUCUGGGCUCUCAUCUGGUGCUCAGCGAAGGCUCUUGGACAAGCGACCUUCAAUGACCUCAUUGAACUCCAGAAGUGGUAGCUUUAGAGACCUCACAAAUUCUGCCAAGCGGCCUGCAUAUCCUAAUCUGCAAAGUCAAGUCAAUGGAGCCAUGCGAGAACCGUCCCUUGGGCCACCAGGUCGCGUGCGUAGAGGCUUCACCACUUCUUCAACUUCGCUGCCUAUCCAUGCUGUGCAUCGAUCGCGUUCACCUUCACCUGCCGGGCAGGUUCAACCUUUUCGAUCAUCCUCUCGUGGCUCUACCUCGUCCCGCCAGAGUUCUAGUUCGACUGUAGGAGCAUCGCCAUCCUUGAGCUUUAGUCGUCGAACGUCAUGGCAAUCAACGCGUCGGAAAUCUGCACAGGAGCUGGAGGCUGAAUACGACGAGAAAGAGAAUGAUGACAACGAUAUACCCGAUGACGCAUACGUAGUCAAUAUUCCCAUCUCUCCGCGGAUGCCCUACGAUCGAACCCCCUCGCCGAACCCGUCCCGAAGUGGAUCGCCUUCACGCACGGCACUGAGUCCAUACCUAAGCCAGAGAGCUUCUGCCCCUGCUUCGUUUCCGGAUUCAAAGACAUAUAAGCACACUUCUCUGAGCGCCAAGACUCCACCUAUGGAAUCUUUAGAUGAGGUUCCACAGCCGUCACGAACAACAUCAUACUCAUCUGUGCUAUCUGCAUUGGACGAUGAUGCGCGCGUCAUGACUGCUGCGUUGGAAGAGCAUGCCACGGAGAAAGAAGCACAGCGCGAGCUCGAGAUCCAGCAAGGUGCACGACCUAUCUCAGUAGAGAAGCGGGGCUCGUCGAGCAAGAUUCAAUUACCCCCGAUCCAAAAGCCAAGCAUGAUGAUGGACCCUCUGCCCAUGAGCAAAGAAAAAGAAGCAGUUUUGUCUCGAACGCGGCCAAGCCAUCUACCGCCGAAGUCCAAGGAAGAGGAAGCGAAACAUCUACGAGAAUACAAGAAAAUCAUGGCAGCCGCGCAAGAAGCAGAGAAGAAACGAAUGUCGAAGCUGAAGGCUGAUCUUGAGAACAAAGACAUCGAGGAAGCCUCCAAAGUUGGCAUAUGGAAACAUCUUAUCAUACCGAAUUGGAAGGACUUCCGCGAAGAUCGGCGUGUUCGUGAACUAUGGUGGAAGGGGAUUCCUCCUGCUGCCCGUGGUCGCGUCUGGGCAACGGGUAUCGGUAACGAACUGGAGCUCACCCAUGAUAGCUACUAUCGCGCUCUCAAAAAAUCGACUGAGCAAUUUCGCUUGAACAAGGGCGAAGACAUCGACCAACCGGUUAUCAAGAGAUUAAACCGUCUCAUCGAAGACAUCUAUCCCACCGAAAAGCUCUUCCAACAUGGUAUGCCAUGCAAUCAACCCCUACGUGACGUUCUGAUGGCAUACUCAAUGUACCGCCCGGAUGUCAGCCUCUUUCCUGGCAUGGCUGUAAGUUUAUUUCUUACAAUUCCGUCCAAAUAUUAGAACCCGUGUUGGUGUUUGUCCGAAUACCAUGUUUUUGGUGUACCGUUUAUGUCUCGCGUAUCAAUUCUACAAUGCUGACUACU